AUGUCGAAAGAUUCAAAUAUUCUUUCAAUAUGGGGAAAUAAAGAAUCAAUGAAUUUAAAUUCAUUAGUACUUAAUAAUAUUUUGGCAUCACAAUAUUUUAAAGUUAAUUUAUAUGAAAAAAAAACUUAUCAUGAAGUUGUCGAUGAAAUUUAUUAUCAAGUUAAACAUUUGGAACCAUGGGAAAGAGGUAGUCGAAAAACAUCUGGAUUAACUGGCAUGUGUGGAGGAGUACGUGGUGUUGGUGGAGGUGGUAUUGUAUCAACAGCAUUUUGUUUAUUGUACAAAUUAUAUACAUUAAAAUUAACAAGAAAACAAGCUAUUAGUUUAACUAUUCAUACAGAUUCACCAUAUAUUCGUGCACUUGGUUUUAUGUAUAUUCGAUAUACUCAACCACCAAAUGAAUUAUUUGAAUGGUUUGAAGAAUAUCUUGAUGAUCCAGAAACAUUAGAUGUAAAAGCUGGUGGUGGUUGUAUUAUGUCAAUAGGUCAAAUGCUUCGUCAAUGGUUAACACAAAUUGAAUGGUUUGAUACAUUAUUUCCUCGUAUACCGGUUCCAGCUCAAAAAGAAAUCAUGGAAAAAUUACAUAAACAUGGACCAUAUAAACAAAAUAAUUAUGAUACAUAUUCAAGUUAUGACAAUGAUGUCGAACAACAAAAUAUGACAUCAUCAAAUGCUAUUGAUAUGCCUGAAACAUUUGGUAAUAUAGCCUCAUCAUCAACUGAUCGUAAUGGUUAUCAUCAUCAUGUAUCAUCCGAUUCAUAUCAAAAUAAAAAAUAUCGAUCAUCUCGUGAUAAUCGUUCUCGAUCACGUUCACAUGAUCGAAAUAGAUCACAUAAACAUCAUCAUCAUCAUCAUCAUUAUGAUCAUCGACGACGAAGUUCAUCUCGUGAUGAUCGACGACGACGACAUCAUCGAUCUCGAUCACCAGCAAUAUCGGAUACUCGUGCACGUCGUGAUCGUUCAUGA